UACAUGGUGAGCUGUGACAAGAUCCCAUCUCUGCCCGUCAUCACCUUUAACCUGGGAGGACAGAGCUACAGUCUGACCGGAGACCAGUACGUCCUCAAGGUGUCUCAGGCUGGAAAGGUCAUUUGUCUGAGCGGCUUCAUGGGUCUGGACAUCCCCGCCCCCGCCGGGCCCCUGUGGAUUCUGGGAGAUGUAUUCAUCGGCCAGUACUACACUGUGUUCGACAGAGAGAACAACAGGGUGGGCUUUGCCAAGUCCAAGUAGGCGAGACGACGUGUUCAAGAACAACACUAAUAAUCUGAAAGAAAUAUUUGAGCUGCACAAGUUUUCCGUUGCUUUGCAAUCAAACCGUCUUUAGCAAUAGAUUUUGUGUAGCGUCUAAAUGCACUGAUUUCCAGCGGCGUGUGAAACAGAGGUGAUGGUUGUGUGAUGAUGUGUCCGAUCAGGGAUCAGCUGAUUGUAUCGGUACUGCUCCAUAUAUUGAUCCCUUUUUCUUUUCUCUUUUAAAUCAGGGAUUUGUUUUUAAAACUUUUAAUUUGGAUUUUAGGAGGAAGUUAUCGACUACUGAGUUUGUGAUGUAUCAGAAUGUGAUUGGCUUCAAUAAACACUUUUUAAAACAUCAGAA